UCCUUACGGCACACGCAGCUCACCGAGGGGCUCUAGCUUUAUUUUAGCGUGGUGUGUUUAGCCUAUCGUGCCAACGUAAAGUAACGGCAAGAGCGAAGUAGAUGGGCCAGGCUCUUUCCAGGUUUGGUACAAGUUUGCACUGAGGGAAAGGAAGGACCAGCCCAGAUCCAAAGGGUAACUGCCGGACCUGCCUUCAAGACUAAGGUAAUUCAAUCACUUGACCAAGUUAGAGCCUUUUCUUCAACAACCACCCAAACUACAUCCUCUUCUUGACCACCACUGAGACACGAUACCCGGAUUCCUCGCGAAGUAAAACUUACAACUUCCACUUAACGGCGACAACAUACUUCCAAUCGAUAAUUACGCUCUGUCGCCUUAUUGCACCGUCGACUCAUUCCUAUUUGCCAACGAUUUCCCGAACGAGUCAGAUAACCUACCUAAAUCAGCCCACCAUUCACCGCAUAGGUGCGGCGCUAUCCGUACCUAUACCACACAAAACCAUGGCCGACUCCUUCCCAACCCCGACGACGACCCCGAAGCGCAAGAGGGACGAAGACGACCAGCCGCUGUCACCGAUAUACACAGCCUCCAAAUUCUCCUUCCAGCUGCCUGUUGACCACACUCCCAAGGGCAGCGAUGUGGAGGACGGCAGCGCAAGCCCUCACAGCAAGGUGGUUCACAAGUUCCGUGGUCUGGCGCUGAGUGGGAAUAGUGGUGGGGGCGGGGUAGCCCAGCAACAGAACCGAGCCGCCGCCGCCGCUGCUGCUGCCCCCCAGGGCCUAUAUGCACACGGCGCCGCAUACGACCCGACGCGCGACGAGCACAAGAACGGCAGGGGAUACGGAUACUCUGACGACGACCCAUUUGCGAGCCGUAAGAGACUCAAGGUUCCUGAGCUGGAGAUGACGGACGUUGAGGGCAACAACACCGCUGUCGCUACCGCUUCAGCUACCGCAGACAUACCAGUUGUCAUUCCGGACCCCGACGUCAAGAGCGAUCCGGUAGCUACCCCGAAAUCGAAGCCUGUAGUAAAAGACGCUGCCACUACUGCCGGCGCAACAGUCGCCACGAGCUCACAACAGCUUCCAUAUCCUUCGCUCGACAAACUACAAGAUCCAAAAUCUCGAGGACGGAGACGCGCCGGCACACCACCGCUCAAGGGUCGCAAGGGCACCAACAAGACCAAUGCCGCUGCAGCAGCCUCGGCCGCUGGACCGCAGCAACAACAAGAAGACCAGGAGAUGAAGACGAUUGUGGACCCAGUCAGGGCUGCACUCACCUGGAAGGAGGAAGAGAUUACGAUUUACGACCCAGAAGACGACGACGAUGACGGCACGGGCAUUAACGGGGUCGGAUUCAUGCCCACUGCCGCAAUGGCCUAUGCGCGGACGCAGAAGCGCCGGCUGCAGCUGGCCGAGUACAAGAAGCGGGAGGAGAGCGAGGCCAGGGCCCGACGCAGCCAGCGGAGACGAGGCAGCGGUGCUGGUCUUGCUUCCAAGCCUUCUGCUGGCGGCAGCGGAGGCGUGCGAAAGGUGCGCUUCACGGAAUCAGAAGCGAGCACAGUUGUGACCAACGUCUAAGGAUGGUCACAUGAUGGGUGCGAGCAGUGAAUUUUGCGAUUGGACAUGGCAUCAUUGAGCCCUGUGGUUUGGCUUGGGUAUGGCCCGGCUGAGGAAAUGGC